AUGGAGUCGCCUAGUGUGCGGUGGACGCCGUGCUUUUGUCCAGCUGCGUGGACUCCCACGCCGCCAGCUUUACACUUCCCCAUUCAACCCUUCCAGAGAUAUAGGUACGCUGGACUAUCUGAGGAGGACCUAAAGCAGCUGCUUGCUCUGAAGGGAUCCAGCUACAGUGGCCUUCUGGAAAGACACAGCAUUCACACCAAUAACGUGGAGCACAUUGUCAAAAGCUUGAGGAAAGAAGGCAUCAACGUUAGAGUGGUAAAGAGAGGUGAAUAUAAUGAGGAGAUUGUACGAUGGUCAGACGCAAUUAUAUCAGCUGGAGGUGAUGGGACAAUGCUGCUUGUUGCCAGUAAAGUUUUGAGUAAGGAUAAACCGGUUGUUGGAGUUAAUACAGACCCUGAGAGGUCAGAAGGUCACCUGUGCUUACCGGUUCGCUACACGAGCGCGUUUCCUGAGGCUUUGCAGAAACUGUUUCGGGGCGACUUCAGAUGGCUGUGGCGGCAGAGGAUUCGUCUUCACCUCGAGGGCACAGGCAUUAACCCAACACCUGUGGAUCUCCAUGAGCAGCAGCUGAGCCUGGAGCAGCACAACCAGGCUCACCGCAACACAAUGUUUGAUGGCCAAAGCAAAACAGGAGCGCGACCUGAGAGCUUUUCACAGCCAUUCCUCCUUCCUGUCAGAAGUUUGAAUGAAAUCUUUAUCGGGGAGUCCCUUUCCUCCAGGGCCUCCUACUACGAGAUCUCAGUGGACGACGGGCCUUGGGAGAAGCAGAAAAGUUCAGGCCUCAGCGUUUGCACAGGCACUGGCUCCAAAGCUUGGUCCUACAACAUAAACAAGUUGACUGAACAAUCUGUGGAAGAAGUUUUAAAAAUAGGGAGGGCCCAAGGUGAUCUGGAUUUUCCCUUAAAUCUUGAAAAUAUUAAGAAAGUUACUGACGCCUACAACGAGUCCCUGGUGUUCAGCCCUGAGGAGAAGCGGCUGUUCUUCAGCAUCAGAGAGCCCAUCGAGAACAGAGUCUUCUCCAGCAGCCGACAGAGGGGUUUCGUCAGCAAGGUGUGCGUUCGGUCGCGGUGCUGGGACGCAUGCAUGGUGGUUGAUGGCGGGACCUCGUUUGAGUUUAACGACGGUGCUAUUGCGACGAUAAGUUUGAGUGACGAGGAUCAGCUUCGGACUGUGCUUUUGGAAAACUGA